GACCCUAAUCAGAAUUGGGCUGCCCCCUUGCGGUCUCUGCGGCGUACUAUCUUUAACCAGCUCACAAUCCUUGGCCCUGCUCUCCUCUCCAUUGUACUCUCAAAAUGCAAGCCGCAACGACAACAGUAACGUCCCAGUUAUUUCUGAGACUCUCUAAACUCUGGACUUGCCUCCCUCCCCUCCUUCAAAGUCUUUCGAAUCUUCUCUAGGGGACAAAUGAAGGCAGUGAAGCUGGACAAAGCCAUAACCUAGGAGAUCAGGGACCUACCCCAUUCUGUUCCCCGUGCUUGGAAUCAGAUAAUUCAGGACGCCGGGCCCAAGAAGCCUGGACAAAAAAAGUCAGGAAAAACUGAGUUUCGUUUUGACCUCUAGCGUCGUGGCGGGGUGGCAUCUGAGCUGGUAACGUGCGUGAUAGGUUAUGUAAGAAAAGGGCCGGAGGAGCCGCCCCAGCGGGAGCCAGAGAGGACGCGGUGUUCUCGGCUGCAAUCCCCACCCUCCUCACCCAGCAGGGCAGGAGGCACCCAGCUUGGAGGAGAAAGGGGUGGGGGAGGUGAAACAGAGACCGGAGAGUCACGAGGGCUGGGCCGCCGAGAGCGGGAGAAUAUACCGUGUCACACACUUCCAUUCUCUCACGCACACGUUGCAGACACAAAUCACUGAUGGUUUCCACGUGCUGCGCUCGUGAGCGGAGGUGUUCAAAGAGGGGGCAGAUGAGUUAGUUCCUAAGACGGAACCGGGGGUCCCACGUCCGGAGGCGCACGCCUUCAGUGGCACAACCAAUCUCUGCACACUCAAGCUGUGCGUCUCUGGCGCAUCACCAUCCUAUUUAAGGCCACGGACUCCGCCCUUUUCCUCCCCUCCCUUCUUUUCCACUCUUUUUCCAUCCUCCUCCUUUUCUCAUCACCGGGUCCUCUCCGGCAGCCGCAUGUAGGGGCGGAGCACGGAAUGCUUCCCUUACAGCCAAUCAUCACCUGGCUGCCCUCUAUUGGCUGAGGCCCUUUGUACUGUAGCAAAUGGGCUAUGGACUUCAGUAACGAGAAUCACGUGUUACCGGCGACACAACCAAUGAGGGCGCGAGAUCUGUGUAAGCAGGGGGAGGCACGUGCCAGGCCGCACGUGUCUGGGAGGGGGAAGGGGCGGGGCCCCCUGAGAGGCGGAGGUGGGGAGCCAGACCCGGAGAGACGGUGAAGGAGCUGGAAACCGAGCCAGGGCUGAGCCGGCUGACAACAGGUGAAGAGGCUUGCUGCGGACUCAGGUUGGCGAACAGCCCUGGCGAACAACGGGCGGAGGGGAAGGUGUCUUUCAAGUCAGUUGCAGGUUCCGAUCUUUGGGUACUCCAGGAGCUGCUCUCCAGCCCCUGCUUCUGGACCUAUGGAUUCUCCAUCUAGCAUUUCUUCCUAUUCCUCCUACUCUCUCUCUUCGUCUUUUCCCACCUCCCCAGUGAACAGUGACUUUGGCUUCCCCUCUGAUAAUGAGAGGGAGGACAAGGGGGCCCAUGGGCCCAGGCCAGACACUGUUGGGCAGAGGGGAGGUUCCCGGCCCAGCCCGGGUCCUAUCCGCUGCAGGCAUCGAUCCAAGGUUUCCAGUAACCAACAUACACCAUCUCAUCCGGAACAGCGGGGUUCGGCUUCUCCUAUGGCAGGAUCUGGGGCGAAAAGAUCAAGAGAUGGUGAACUGGAGACCAGUCUAAACAUCCAAGGUUGUACCACAGAGGGAGACCUGCUGUUUGCCCAGAAGUGUAAAGAACUCCAAGGAUUUAUACCUCCUCUCACAGAUCUACUCAAUGGGCUGAAGAUGGGUCGUUUUGAGAGAGGAUUAAGCAGUUUUCAGCAGAGUGUGGCAAUGGACAGGAUCCAGCGUAUUGUAGGUGUUUUGCAGAAGCCACAGAUGGGGGAACGUUACCUAGGAACCUUGCUACAGGUAGAAGGGAUGUUAAAGACUUGGUUUCCACAUAUAGCUGCCCAGAAGUCGUCAUUGAAUGGUGGCAAGCAUCAGCUGACCAAGCAUUUUCCAAGCCACCACAGUGAUUCAGCCGCUUCCUCUCCUGCAUCUCCUAUGGAAAAGAUGGACCAGACACAGCUAGGACAUCUAGCUUUAAAACCAAAGCAGCCUUGGCACCUCACAGAAUGGCCAGCUAUGAACCUUACCUGGAUCCACACCACUCCAAUUUGCAACCCCCCUCUCAGCUCCCCAGGUACUAUCUCCUUUAGCCAUGGUCCUUUAGGCACUGGAACCGGUAUUGGCGUCAUUCUUUUCCUACAGCAUGGAGUGCAACCCUUCACCCACUCUGCCCCAGCCACUCCAGUCCCACCUACUACAGCAUCUCCUGUCAUCCCUGGUGAACCUAUGAAACUAUCUGGAGAGGGGCCUCGUUGCUACAGUUUGCCAGUAACUCUGCCAUCAGACUGGAGCUAUACCCUAUCCCCUCCCAGUCUACCCACCUUGGCCAGGGAGAUGACCAAAGGACACCGGGAGCAGCAGAGAAGCCAUGCUCCAGUUGCUCCUGAUGCUCAUCUUCUCAACCUCUAGCCUGGGGCAUACAGCUGUCCACUGUGAUUUCUAAUUUGUGUAAAUAUUCAUGUAUAUAUGUAUUUUUACUUUUAAUGUGUGCAUUUGUGUUGAGGGAAGACAAAUCCUUUCUGAUUAAAGAAAUUUUUUUAUACCUAAA